CCCACAGCUCUCCAUCAUCUCUUCCAUUGACAUGCCUCAACACGAUGGUUAACAACUCUCGGACCCAGUCUUUCGAUGAUCAGGUGCACACCGGAUUUUGGAUCAACCACGUGAAAGGCCCAACAUAUGGCGCCACACUGACACUCAACCAGCAGGCUGGAAACUUCUUGAUUGCGUUCUUGGCUCUGUAUGUGGGCGUCACUGGGCAGAGCUUCUGGACUAUUGCGCGUUUUCUUCUGCACAAGCACCUGUCUUCCAAGUCCCGAUCGGACGGCGUGUAUCAUCAACAGCAGGCGAUAUUACGCAACUCGAAAACCGCGCCAGGCGCCGUGCAAGACACACUAACGCUUCUGAUUGCCUGGAGAAAAAGAAGUCGAGGUUUAAUUCGUCGCUUAUUACCUGUAUGGAUAGUUGCAUCUGUUAUUUCGGCGGGUUUUGCAGUUGCUGGUGUUUUUUCUUCGCAGAUCACCGCGAAUCAGUCUAAUGAAGUCUUGCUUCUUGGACCCGAAUGUGGAAAGUCUCUGGACAACCAAGAUAGCUCCAACGCAGUAUCCUCCGGACUAGUCAGGUAUCGGAACGAAAUGUUCUUGGAAUAUCUAAACUACGCUUUUGCAUGCUACCAAGACCGGCAAAGAACACAAUCAGCAUGCCAGAUAUACACGAAACCAAAGCUCCAUUACAAGGUCGAUCGCAAUGCAACAUGUCCAUUCCAAGACACUAUAUGUCAAAAAUCAUCGAACAAUCUUUAUAUAGAUUCUGGAUACCUGGAUAGUUGGGGAGACCUUGGAAUCAAUGCAGAGCCACGAUUUCAGGUUCGCCUCACUCAACAUUGCGCCCCUUUGGUAACCGAUGGAUAUAAGUCCAAAUACAUUAGCCCAUCAGAUCCAUUGAAGACAUUCAUGCGGUAUAGUUACCUUCACAACGACACGAUCACCAACUCUACUUCCGACAUCAUGGACUGGCGCAUCUUUUUAGUGCCCCUGAAAGAUGAAUUUGAUGAAGUCGCGCGCUACUGGUCGGACUCCGUUGCUCAAGAUUACAGAACGCGCUCGAUACAAGCCAACGAUAUAUAUGGAGACUCGACGUUUGUUGCGGAUCUGAACCGAACAGACGCUUUCGUUGCGUUGAUGUUUCUCGACUCAACUGAUGUCCUCUCCCGCGAGAAGGUCGAAGACCCUUGGUUUGCCCAUACUGUCAACGCAUCGCAACGCCAAUAUGAGUUCUUUGGAUCAGAUUCUCUCUACUUGUCAGAUGAGCCAGCAACGGUCAUUGGGUGCGCUGCCCAAGUUUUCUAUUGCAAUCCCAAGAUUACAGAUCCCCAAAGGCGCUGCAUAAAUUAUUUUGUGACAGAAGCAUCUGAUAUAGGCUUUUCGGCAUUGUGGCCGGAGGAGAGCGAUCUCAAAGCAUUCAAUGGUUAUAUUGCGACCAAUAACGUCAUGAUCGCAACCCCCGACUCUUUCUACAACACACCAGGUUUACCUAAUCUUCUGGCAAGACUCACAAUGGACAAUAGUAUACAAUGGGAUCAUUUUGCGCCGGAUCGAUGGAAAGAAGAAAUGGAGUUUCUUGCUCAAGCCUCACUUGCGUCGUUCCAGUCUAAUGUGCCUCAAGCAACACAAAAUGGAGUCUGGUACAUGAAUCGGACGCUUUGCGAUAGCGAUACGGAAACCGGACUGUGCGAAAAGCUGUGUCGGAAUCAGAAAGUCCGAAGCUCAGAGUAUUACUCGUUUAACGUCCUCGGCAUGUCCAUCAUCAUCUUCGUGGGCGUAUUCCUUAUGGUUGUCGGGGCUUUCAUCGAAAACAUAGCUACUACCAUCGGCAACACUUUCAGUCGCGAUAAGCAACAUAACCCCCCGUACAGCCGGCUAGAAUGGGAGAGUAACUCUUUCCUGGACUUACAGCGGCUUGCGCACCAAGCCCUCGGAGUGGGAAACUGGACCCGGAGCAGGACUGGCAUUCCGAUCACAGCACCUGGAGAACAGCUGGGCGUUUUAGAUUCUGCCGGACAGUCGAAGCUUCCUAUUCUGAAACGGCCGAGAAUAAAAGAGGAGCUUCAAGAUCUGGUUAGCCGAUCAGGUCAUCAACGGUCCUCUUCGGCAGGCCAUGUUAUGGGACCAGAAUACGUGGACUCAUUUCAUAGUCCCUUUGACUACGCGAAGCACAGAAGAUCGGACAAUGGCGCCCCAAACGAGGACUCUGCUUUCAGGAGCAGCGUGCCAUCCCGCUACCUUCGAAGACCUGGUUAUGCGAGAGUCUACACCGACGAGGCGGAUACCAUCUACACGGGUAGCGUUUCGAACACAAGAUGAGGAAUGGGACAAACUCUAAUGAUGUCAAUUUGCAGUGAUUUUCGGAACUGAGUCAUACGCCCCGGAGCGCAGUACCUAAUGUCAGACAUUAGUUAUCGAUAUGCUCAAUCCU